AUCACGGAGCAGCACCGAUCUUUUUUUUUUUUUUUUUUCCAGCAGCAAGUCGAGUUGGGCUGAUUACAGGGAUAACAUGGAGGAAGGUCAGGACUUUUCCCUCCAUGGGAAAGCGGUAGUAAAUGAUGCUAAUCUGAGAGACGAAUACUACUGGAAGCUUAUUGCAGACUUCAUUGGUCCUCAAACAGGGGAGGGACUAGACCUGAACCAGGGGCCAUGCAAGAACAGACUGAUGAUCCAAGUUGGACUCCUGAGGGAGGACAAUAAUUUUCCCUGGCUCGCCAUCACAGAGUGGCUGAAGAAGAUCUUCCCCGCCCAUCAGUCAGCUGACUUCCGCUGUUUGAUUGAAAGAGGCAUUGCAACAACGCUGAGCCUGGGCAUCGAAGCCAGGUUUGUCUUUCUGGAUUCAGAUGUCAACUUCAACUUCGUUGGCCCAAUAUGCGACAGUAUCGGAGUGGAGCGCCAGCAUCUUCUGGAGCUCAGGGAUUUCUCAGAGCGGGCACGGUCCAUCGAAGUCACAAAUGGACUGAUUGUCGAGUUGAGCAACUUUGUUGCCAGGGAAAAAAUUUCCCCAGUAGUCAUUGUUUCCUGGCUAAGAAACUUUAACCCAGAGUACUGUAAGAGUGGGGCCAUUCAGAAAGCAUACAAGCUCCUCCGGUCCAGGAUAAAGAAGCUGAAAAUUUACUGUCGCAACUAUGAAACGAGGAGUCACAGGAAGAAUGCAGCCAUUGAAAAAGUGCUUCAGAGUCCGUUUGAACUGGUUCCGAAGAAAUUACCAAAAAUUUUUGUAAAGAAACGCCUGAGAAGAGAAGAUUACGAAAGGGUUACAGUCAAAGAAGAAGACGAGUGCUCAGAAAUCUCCCAAGGCGAAGGUCCUGAGGCACGCAGGGAGGAAGUAGGAACCACGCUGCAGAGAGGAAAUGCUGACGCGGGAGGCGAGGAUGACGGAAAGACAUCCAGCUCUGACUGCGGAGAAUCCCUGACCCUGCUGGACAUCGCCAUGCUGUCCGUCCAGAAGCUGUCCAGCGUUUACGGCGGGAAAACUGAAGCGUGUAAAAGCGUUUCGUUGGAUCUGCUGAAGAAUCACUACGCUCUCACCUACAAGGAGCAUCCAGCCAUGGAAGAGUUUGAGAAAAAGGUGAACAGUGUCCGGAAGGAGACUUCCCUCGUGCACCCGGUGGUGUUUUUAAACUACAACGCUAAUUACCUCGUUGAUCUGCACGAUGCGGUGGAGGCACAGAUCAUGAGCUUUGAGAAAGAGAUCAUCCUGUCCACAGGAGUGAAACUGGGCCGAGAUAAUCUUCCCAAGUUCAAGAACUUUGUCAGUUUGCCAGAAAGCGCCACGUCACGUUACAUCCACAUGGCCUGUGAUAUCCUGAGCCCGAUCAGCCCGGAGAAACCGAACUACAGAAAGCAUUGGGUGGCAUUCUGUGAGGAGAAGGGAAACCCCUCCAGACUCGCUGUAAACCAAUCAAACAGACUGAAUAACUACUUUGAAGCAGCAGCAGGUCUUAUCCACCAUCACAAGGAGACGGCUCUCUUCUUUGCAGAUCUGCUGUCAAUUGCCAACGACCCAUGUCCGAACAUCAUCCUGGAGAGCGUUGCAGCAGACGCAAAUGACUCCAUGAUCCAGAGCUUCGUGUGUGUCGUGGCCAUAAUUUACUGCAAGAUUCUCGGCCCCUAUUGGCAGCUCCUGAAGAGCGGAGGAGAGUAUGCGUUCUUCAGUCAAUUCCUGCUGUGUCUGUACCAAAGGUUCAUCGAUUGGUCCAAAGAUCCCUCCACGCUGCUGGCACCGGAGGAGGACAGCAAUGUCUUUCUGCAGUUCCCGCUGCAAGAGAAAAUCUUCACCGGGGUGUUUAGCUUCUGUGGCGAGUGGCACACAAACCGAGACCUGAUCCGAGCUUGUCUGAAGAGGACCAUCAAAGUGAUUGCUGCCGUCACUGAGGAACACUUGAAGAACUUUUUACCUGGAGGAAUGUUUUCCCAGAUCCCUUCCACUGAUGUGUGCUUGGAGUUGGUCAGCUGCACGUUCUCCGUCUUGAUGGCAGAGUAUCCCUUCGGCCAUGCGUAUCCAUACAAGAAGAAAAGGCCGGACAAGCUGUCCAAGAACUCCUCAAAGAGCCAGCUGGACAGCUCGCAGGAAGACGAGGGCAUAUCUGGCAACAGCUCUGAUGAAGCUUCGAGGAGCAGAAACGGCUCCCAGUUCAGCCAGAAAGAGGAACAAAGCCCUCAGGCGAGAAAAGGUUACAGAAGAGUCCCUGAGGAAGAGCAGGAGGAGAACAUGGACAGGGACUACAUUAUCGCCACAGUGACCAGAAAUGGAGGUCCCUGCAAAACCCAGCAGGACAUUGAAAAGAUGCUGCUGCGCUUUGAUGGGAAGUCGCGACUGGAGAAAAGGGAAGGGCUUCGCUGCGAGAUCCUGUAUCAGAAGAUGGUUCUGAACAACACCAACCCACACCUGGACCAUCACUGCCUCAACUCCACCCAGAUGGCGCUGAAGCUAAAAUUUGCUCUCCCUCGUGUCAAACCUGGAUACUCGCUGGUGCUGGCGCCCAGGAAGACCAAGCUGAGGCCCUCCGGCCGGCGCGCUGCGGAGGACCAAGCAGCUCCAGCUGCCGCCGCCGGCCUGCUGCCGUCCGGAGAAACGAAUCCAGACUCUUCCUCAACGGAGGUCGGGAUCACCAGCUGAGCUGAAACCCUACAAAGACUUUCUGUGUUGGAAAUGUGAAAUUUGAUGCCACUCCAUGUUAGCAUGGAGCCGCUGCAAACAUUUCAGGAUAUGAAACCUUUACAUUUGGGAAUGUUCCCAAUGUGUAGUUCAAACUUGUUCUCCUGUGUCAAAAUAAACAUUUUCAAAUUUUUUU